AUGGAGACCUCAGUGCCUCCGCUAAAAAGUCCACCUGUUGAUGCCUUUCACAAUGAAAACGUCUGGAUCGACAUUCAGCUGAAAACCUUCACCAAUUGGGUUAAUGAACAGCUCAAGCCGACUGGUCUGACGAUCCACAACUUACAGGUGGACUUUGCCAAUGGCCUUCUCCUGAUUGCCCUUGUUGAGUGUCUUCAGAAGCGGUCUUUAAAAAAGAUUCGCUCUCCGUUAAACCAACACCAGUUCAUCGAAAACGUUCAAAUUGCUUUAAAUGCCAUCGCCUCAGAUAACAUCAAACUCGUCAACAUUGGUAAUGUUGAUAUUGUGUCGGGCAAUUUAAAGCUCAUACUCGGCCUGCUAUGGCAACUGAUCACCCGGUACCAACUGGGCAAAGCCUCAACGCCACCAAAAAAGCUGAUGCUCUCCUGGCUGGAAGCUGCCUUGCCAGAGUUUGCCAUUAGCAACUUUACCAAAGAUUGGAAUAGCGGCAUCGCUCUGUCGGCAUUAAUUGACUUCUGCAAACCCGGGCUUUUUCCCAACUGGCGAAAGCUCAAUGCUAAGUUUAGCGUUCAGAAUUGUCACAAAGCUAUGCUGAUUGCCAAAGAGGAAUUUGGCAUUCCGAUGAUCAUCACUGCUGAAGAUUUGAGCAAUCCCAGUUUAGACGAGAAAUCAGCCCUCACCUACCUGUCGUAUUUUAUGAAAGAAAAUGGCCCUGGCUAUAAUCUCAUCAUGGACUGGCUGCAACGCCUUUUACCCACCAGAAGUAUUAGCAAUUUAAGUCUCAAGGUCUACUAUAAAGACGAACUGGCGGCAAGGCCACUCAAGAUAAAAGUACACCCAGACUUGUCCAAUGUCAUCUUCUCUGGAAUUGAGCCAUGUUCAGUGGGUUCACUCGUUGAAGUGGUCAUCAACUCUAAUGGAGCUGGCUCAUCAGACGUCAAUGUGAUUGCACUUAGCUCCACAAACAGAGAGCUGGAGUGUAAGUUGAGUGAAAAGGACAACUCACUUAUUGCCAACUUUAUUCCCGACGAAAUUGGCGAGUGGCGAAUUGCAAUCACUUACUCAGGCGAGCACAUCAACGGCAGUCCCUUUCCAUGCUUGGUUUACGACAGCAACAAAGUUUUUGUGCACCUCAGCGAGAAAGUGGUCGCCCGACAAGAGUCAUUCUUCUCCAUUGACACACGGCAAGCAGGCUGGGGUGACUUGAACGUCAAGGUGGAGUGCGCCCACAAUGGAUGCCUGGUGCCUAUUAAGGUGGACGAGCGCGGCAAUGGCACCUACAACCUGGCCUUUGUUCCCGAGUUUCCCGGAAAGUACCUCGUCUCUGUCACCUUCAACCAACAGCCAGUUCCUGCUAGCCCUUUCAAGAUCUACGCAGUGGAUGGCAAAAUAAAUGAUCCCUUCCAUGCACGAGAGGACAUUUCAGCGUAUCAGGAGAUGCAUUACGAAAACGAUCUUUCCCAAGCCGGAAAUGGCGUUGGUGAAUUUGCCCUAAACAAAGGCACUGUGCCAAACUGUCCUUUCAAGUACGACGUCGCUCCAUCCAAGCCUGAAAAAACUGUUUUCAACAUUGAAACACUGGACAACUUUAAAGUGAACCAGCCUACAUUUUUUGACAUUCGACUAAAUGACGCCUCAUUUGACAAGGACGAUUUAAGUGCCUCCAUUGUCGAUCAUCAGAAUCAACCCGUUUCCCAUCGAAUUGUAGCUGAAUCAAGGCAUCUCUUUCGAGUGCAUUUUAGUGUUUCAGUAAUCGGCAACUACCACUUUAAAGUUUUCCUGGGAAAUACUUCACUGAUUCACUCUUUCACUGCAAAAGCAUACGACAUUUCCAAAAUUUUAAUUAGCGACAUACCAAAGAGAAUCGCUAUUGGUCAAAAGUGCUGCUUUCAAGUGGACGCUUCAAACGCUGGAGAAGGGCAGCUGGAGAUUGCUGUCAAUGACGGAGAGGUGCCCAAUCAAGUGCAAGUUUUGGGCAAUGGAAAGUGCUUGAUCAGUUUUAUGCCUGAACUCGUCAUGCCACAUGUUGUAGACAUCAAGUUCAAUAACGAAAAUGUUGUUGGAUGUCCAUUCCUAUGUGAAGUUGAUGAGUUUCCUGAACUUAAAUUUGACAUUUCUCAAAUUGAACUCGUUCAAGUUGGUCUUCCGAAUUGCCUCAAGAUUGUUAGCAAUACUGUUCUGGACAAGCAGAUUUUCGUUAUAAAAAUCGCUGCUCCAAGUGGAAAUCUUGUUCCACUGAAUGUCGCAUACGGCAAAGUUAUGACCUGCGAGUUUAUUGCCACCGAAGUUGGACCCCACCUAAUGUACAUGGAGUACUGUUCCAAAUUGGUCACCGAGAAACCUCUGACCAUUAAGAGCUUUGAUCCAAGCAAAGUGACUAUAACUCCAGCUGUUAAUGGCUACGUCAACAAGCCUGUACAGUUUGUGGUUGAUGCUACCUUUGCCGGCGAAGGCAAUCUGGAAAUAUCCGUCAUUUCAAAUGAGAAAAACGUUCCUACUCAAGUGCAGCCAAUGGGAGGUGCCAAAUUUGGGGUUACUUUUACCCCGACUCAGCCAUUGGACCACAUUGUCUCGAUCACUUUUAAUAAUAUCGCCGUCAAUGAUAACCCAUUUUCAGUGAACAUUCUCUCGUCUACUGAUAAACCCAUCAUCACUGGGCCUGCGCUUCAUUUUUCUCCGGUGGACCAAAUUGCAAAGCUAACCAUUCAUAAUGUGGACUCAGAAAAUGACAUUAUUGCCAAAGUUCAAGACGGAAAUAACCAGGUGGUUUCAGUCAAUAUGAUUAAAGACAUUUCAAAUAGAUGCGUUCAUUUGGAGUUUUUGCCCAAAUUGCCAGGGGAGUACAAAGUGCAAAUCAAGUACAAAGGAGAACACAUUCAAAAAUCACCGUUUGCGACAAAAAUUUACGAUAUUAGAAAAAUCAAAGUAAAAGAUGUUCCUAGUGAAAUAUGUCUUGGAAAACCUGUAACAUUUUUAGUCGAGGCUACAAAUGCCGGUCCAGGAAACCUGGAAGUAAUUGUCAACAAUGGAAAAGUGCCAUCAACGCCAAAGUCGUUAGCUCCGAGUAUUUACGCCAUAACAUUCGUGCCUACCGAAACUGAAGUUCACGUUAUUGAAAUUAAGUUUAAUGGUAAAAAUGUUGAAAAUUCUCCUUUUCGGUGCAAUAUACUCGAUAGUGAUAAAGUGAUGAUCAAGAGGCUAGAAAAGGUAGCCGUCAACAAAGUGGCUCAGUUCUCUGUCGAUACCAACGGUGGAUUACUAAAUGAAAAUUCUGUCAUCAUUUUGGGGCCCUCGCAUCAAAACUUGAAGCCUAUUUUGCUUGGCGAUCACCUAAACGGAUAUCAAAUUCAGUUUAACCCAAUUGAAGUAGGUGACCACGCGAUUGAUGUCAAAAUCGGUGGCAAUUCCAUCCCGGGAUGUCCAUUUCUUGUCAAAGUCUACGAUGCCAAGAUGGUUAAGGUGACGGACAUUAAAGACGGCAUUGUAGGAAAACCAAUUUACUUUACAAUUGAUGCGAGCAUGGCGGGGGCUGGAAACUUGGAAAUUAUUGUUUCUUCGAAUGGUCGAAAUGUGCCAAACUAUGUACAGUCGGAGGGGAAUGCACGAUUCAAAGUGAACUUUAAGCCAACCGAAGUCAAUCUUCACAACAUAAGCUGCAAGUUUAAUGGAGAACCAGUUCCAGGAAGUCCUUUUGUGGUGCAAAUAGUAGAGAAAUUGAAAAUCGAAANGAUAGUAGAGAGUGAAGAUUCCUUUGGAUCACUCAUUUCCGAGUCUGUUCUGAAGAAUGUCUCACUAAACAAGGGGAUUGAUUUCAGAAUUGAAAAUCGAAAUAAUGAAGCCAAUCAGUGUAAAAUCACAAUAACAACACCUUCAAACAAAAAAGUCUCGCCAAAUAUCUCCAAAACUUCAAACUACUUUAAAAUCAACUUUGUGCCAUUUGAAGUUGGUCCUCACCAGAUUAACGUUUUACUCGAUUCUGCACCUGUUCCCGGCUGUCCCUUCACUUGCAAUGUGUAUGACGUGAAGCGAAUUAAAGUGGCUGGGCUGACCAACUGUCAUGUCGGAAAGCCGUUUACUUUUCUCGUUGAUGCCUCGCAAGCUGGAGAAGGAACUCUUGAGCUGGUCGUUUCUACCAAGACUGCCUCUGUUCGUGCCGAAGUAUUAAUGCGAAGUCGAGGCUUGUAUGAUGUCACCUUCUGUCCACAAGAAUGUGUGCCUCACUUUUUAAGUAUGACCUUCAACGAGGAAGUUGUGCCUUGUAGUCCAUUUGAAAUUAAUGUCAACAAAGCGCCAAAUGUGCCGGCAAUCGAAGAAAAGAAGCAGAGCUUGAUUGGCAUUGUUGAUCAGGUGAAUGCUAUCAACUUUAAAGCUUCUCCUAUGGCAAUUUUAACCUCGAGCAUAACAGGUCCAAAUAAAAACAAACUUAUGGGAUCAAUUAUUACGGUUGAUGAGGAGAAUUAUAAGCUUGAAUAUUUACCAAAAGAAGUGGGUCGCUACAAAAUUGAUGUUCUUCAGCAUGACAAACCUAUUUGGAGUAAGCCAACAUUUGUUGAUGUUUGUGAUCCAAAGAAAAUUAGAGUUUCGCCUUUAAGUAAUUGUCUUCAAGGAAAAGAAUGCCAACUUGACGUUGAUGCGACACGAGCUGGCUUUGGAGAGUUGACUGUGAGAGUAACAGCCGGUGAAAUCGUAGUCCCGCACACUUUAAAAGAAAAUGCUCCCAAAAUGUACAGCAUCUACUUUACACCACAGUCCGAUUUAGUACAUCAAGUGGAAGCUCGAUUCAACGAAUAUUCAGUUCCCGGUUCACCCUUUUGUCUGAAUGUUCAGGCACAUCUUGAGUCAAUCAUCAUUUAUGGAGAUGGUCUCAAGAGUGCUUGUCCCAACAAGAAGGCGGUCUUUUUCAUUGAAACUGACGAAGUAUCUGCCAAUGAGUUUGACAUUGUAGUGAGCGAACCGAAUCGGUCGCCGCUGCCUGUCAAAUGUUUUCAGCAGAAGAAUGGCUGUCUUCUGGUGGAGUGGACGCCGAAGAAGAUAGGCUCGCACAAAAUUGAAGUUUUUCACAGUGACAAGCCUGUCAUUGGGUCACCGUUCAACUGCGAAGUGUUUGACGCAUCAAAAGUGAAAAUUGAACUUGUUGAACCGACAAACUUUGUCAUUAACAAGAAAAUCAAAUGGCUAUUGAAUCGGAAAAAUGCUGGCUACGCAGAGCUAGAUGUGACGGUCACUAGUCCACUUGGCCGACAUCUGCCAAUCGAAGUUACUGGAAUGGAAAACGGCGAGGGAGAACUCAUUGAGCUACCACAAGGGCCUACUCUUCCUGGACUGUACAGCAUUUUCAUCACCUAUGGUGGCAUAGAAAUUGCCGAUAGUCCAAUCACUUUUGUCGCACAAGAGAGCAUUCUUCCAAAGUUGUCGGGCACUGGCUUGAGUCGGGGAGUUUUCAACGAGCCAUGUUCCUUUAUCAUUGAUGCCAAAGAUAUUUAUGGUUCGCCUGAAAUUAAAAUUGACGGACCUGAAAGCGAUACAUCGUUUUCAAUUGAAAAGUGUAAUGACAUCUACAAGGUCACAUAUAUUCCACUUGAAAUUGGCGUUUUUGAUAUUAAAAUCCUCUGGAAUGGUCAAGAGAUUCCAAAUAGUCCAUUUCAUCCUCACAUUGUCAACUUGGAAAAAGUCAGGCUGAUUGGCGGCUGGGACCAUGUACUGGACAGUGAAAAUCGACUGACAAUGUGCUUGGGAGAAGAGCGAAAGUUUAUAUUUGACAUAAGUGAAGCAGGUCCGGGCAAACUAACUACAUUUUCAAAACCAAAGAGUAGCACUUUGCUUGAGGAGAUUCCUCUAGAGCAGACAGGUGCCUACAAAUUCAGGCUAGCAUUCAAGCCCAAAGCGUGUGGUGACUACGAGCUCUUUGUAUACUUUGAAAAUUUGCUUUUACCAAAGAUGCCAAUUCAAACCGUUGUCAGUGAGAACACCUCUGACGGUGCAACUGUAGUGCUGAAAGGUCACGGACUGGCUGGAGCUCGAGUCGGUGAGGAGACGGAAAUUAUUAUUGACGGUAAAGAUGCAGGUGAUGGCGAGCCCGAGGUCACUUUGACUGGGGUCAAAUCGGACAUCAAAGUAAAGCUGAACUGUGUUGGUCCCCGACUGUACAAAGCCGUGUACACGCCUCGGCUACCAGGAACUUACCUUUUGAAUGUUCUGUGGAAUCAAAAGCAAGUGAAAGGGUGUCCACUGAAGAUAUCCAUUUUGCCCAGCUGUGACGCUAAACGAGUUCUCUGCACGGGGGAAGGUUUAAAGGGUGGCACGAUUGGCAAAGAAAUUAAAGCGUUCAUUGACACUCGCCGCGCAGGACCUGGCGAACUUAGUGCCCACUGUAUGGGUCCACUUAAGGCGGCCAUUUGUGAGUUGUACGAUCAGAACGACGGCACAUUCACUCUGCUGUUGCAUCCACAAGAAGGUGGAAAGCAUACGUUGAACAUCAAAUACGGCGGUCAACAUGUCAUCGGUUCUCCUUUUUCGCUGAAAAUAUACUCUGCCCCUGAUGCGUCAAAGGUGAAAGUAGUUGGCCCUGGUAUAGAGCACGGUGUUUUGCCCAUUUAUCAAAGCCACUUUGUGUGUGACACGAGAGGGGCUGGAGCCGGCCAGCUGACUGUUAGAAUACGAGGCCCUAAAGGGGCUUUUCGUGUUGAAAUGCAGCGAGAAAAUCAAAAGGAUCGGACGAUAUUCUGCAAAUAUGAUCCCACCGAACCAGGCGACUAUCGAAUUGAAGUGAAGUGGGCAGGCGAGAAUGUGCCCGGCUCGCCAUUCUUCGUAAUGAUCUUUGACACUCAGGAUGAACUAAAUCGCUACCAGCACAACGGAUACAGUAAUCCACUCGUUUCUUUGCCACCCCUGAACGCCAUUGAGAGAAUGAACGGACCAAGCUACUCGGAAGACUGGAAGCAAAUGUCAUGGAAAGGCUCUACAGCAGACCUCUAA